AUGACCCUCUCUCAUGAUCACGACCUGCGAGGCAGUGCCGGUGACAGCUCCUCCGUCAGGGAACCUUUGAAACUAAGGGGUCUUCUGGAUGGCUACAAGUCGUACGAUGUCACCCCCGUAAUCGGAACCGAGUUCCCCGACGCCAACGUGGUGGAAUGGAUGAAGGAUGCAAAUAGCGAUGAAAUCUUGCGAGACUUGGCUGUUACCAUCUCUCGUCGGGGUGUGGUUUUCUUUCGAGCCCAGACCGACCUUACAGACGAGCUUCAAAAGGAGUUGGCUCUUCGCCUGGGCCGUCUAACAGGCAAACCGGAAUCCUCAACACUGCACAUUCAUCCACUGGCCAACUUCAACGCAGAUCGGGACCCCCAUCUCAACAUCAUCACCACCGACCAGGCGACUAACCCUGCAGAGGACCUUUGGAAAAAUAGACCGGCCGAUAUAAGAAACAGCUGGCAUACGGAUGCUGGGUAUGAGCCGAAUCCACCCGAUUACUCCAUCUUGAAGCUCAUCAAACUCCCAAAGACCGGCGGAGGUAUGCCAUGCAGUUUAGCCCCUUUCCACGCUCCAUUCUACAUCGUUCUGACUGUUCCCUGCAUAGAUACAAUGUGGGCCUCGUCUUGCGAAAUCUACGACAAAGUGUCUCCUGCCUACCGCAAAUUCCUCGAAGGACUCACUGCCGACUUCUCCCAAUCUAGAUUACCAAAUGUAGCUGCUGCCAAGGGAUUCGAGCUAUAUUCCAAGCCUCGCGGGUCCCCCAACAACGUUGGCACUUCUCUGCGCGCCGUUCACCCGGUCGUUCGCACCAACCCCGUCACUGGAUGGAAGAGCCUCUUUGCCGUUGGCAACCACGUCGAGCGCAUCAAUGAUGUGACGUCUGAUGAAAGCAAAAGACUGCUGGACUGGUUCCUGCAGUUGAUUGUCGAAGAACACGACUGCCAACUGAGGCAUCGGUGGGAGAACCCCUACGACAUUGCCAUCUGGGACAACCGCUCCGUCUACCAUACCGCCAUUUUUGAUUAUGCUGGAUUGGGUGCCCGCACUGGCCAUCGCGCGGUGGGAAUCGGCGAGAGACCUUAUUUCAACCCGAGCAGCAAGACCCGUCGUGAAGCCCUCGCUGAGGAAUGA